AUCGAUCGACCUGGUUUGUAAAUUACUUGCAAGGCAUUGAGAUAUUGUCGUCCUUCUUUCUCAAAAUGGUUGUAGCAAACAUGUGAGUUCAGUCUCAUUUUUCCCAACCACCACUCAUGACUCGGCCUUUGGUUUCACUCUCAUGACCGAUGAUAUCUCAACCCUCACUACAAGUUCAAAUGUCUUGGUUUCCACUUUAAACCAUCUUCAAUGAUCUCCUGUAAUAUCUCCUAGUCUUCUUCACACAUGCCUCCUCCAUUUUGUUCUCCUUUUUUGUAGAGUCCAAAGUCCAUCAUGCAAGACCAUUUCUUCCCUGGCUAACCUAUAUAAUUAACCUUCACUAACCCGUCCAUCUUUUCUCUCCAACAAACAUUUUCUUCUUGAGUUAUUCGAUCAUGGCUAGCAUGACUUCUUUGUGUUUUGUUUUGGCGUUGGCAAUGUUUACCAUAUUUUUUUCUCCCGCAUUUUCUACGUCACGGCGAGCUUUAGAACAUCCAGAGAUGCAAAAGGGCUUUCGUGUUAGGCUGAAACAUGUUGAUUCAGGUAAGAACUUGACGAAACUUGAGCGUAUUCGACACGGGGUUAAGCGUGGAAGAAACAGGUUGCAAAGGCUCAAAACAAUGGCCUUGGUAGCAUCUUCAAGUUCUGAGAUUGAAGCUCCAGUUCUUCCAGGGAAUGGUGAGUUCUUGAUGAAGCUAGCGAUUGGAACGCCGCCGGAGACAUACUCUGCCAUCUUGGACACUGGUAGUGAUUUGAUAUGGACUCAGUGCAAGCCUUGUACACAGUGUUUUCAUCAAUCGACCCCUAUUUUCGAUCCGAAAAAGUCCUCUUCUUUCUCUAAGCUAUCAUGUUCUAGCCAAUUAUGUGAAGCACUACCCCAGUCCAGUUGCAGCAAUGGCUGUGAAUACCUGUAUAGUUAUGGCGAUUAUUCUUCAACACAAGGGAUUCUGGCAAGCGAAACUCUAACAUUUGGCAAGGCUUCGGUUCCUAAUGUUGCAUUUGGUUGUGGAGCAAAUAAUGAAGGAAGUGGAUUCAGCCAAGGUGCUGGCCUAGUGGGGCUUGGCCGUGGACCCUUGUCAUUGGUUUCUCAACUCAAGGAGCCCAAGUUCUCUUAUUGCUUAACCAGUGUUGAUGACGCAAAAACCAGCACGCUAUUGAUGGGAUCUCUAGCUAGUGUGAAUGCAUCAAGUAGCGCUAUCAAAACCACCCCUUUAAUCCGUAGCCCAGCACAUCCAUCUUUUUACUAUCUUUCUCUUGAAGGAAUAUCGGUGGGUGACACUCGCUUACCGAUCAAGAAAUCCACCUUUUCACUCCAAGACGAUGGAAGUGGUGGCCUAAUUAUUGACUCUGGCACUACAAUAACCUAUUUAGAAGAACGUGCUUUUAACUUGGUAGCCAAAGAGUUCACAUCUCAGAUUAAUCUUCCUGUCGAUAGUUCUGGCUCGACAGGGCUAGACGUUUGCUUUACAUUGCCAUCAGGCUCGACUAAUAUAGAGGUGCCCAAGUUGGUAUUCCACUUUGAUGGAGCAGACUUGGAAUUGCCGGCCGAAAACUACAUGAUAGGUGAUUCAAGCAUGGGAGUUGCUUGCUUGGCUAUGGGGAGUUCAAGUGGCAUGUCUAUUUUUGGCAAUGUUCAGCAGCAAAACAUGUUGGUGCUCCAUGAUCUUGAGAAGGAAACUUUAUCAUUCCUUCCUACACAAUGUGAUCUGCUUUGAGCUUGUGUAGUACUUAGGUUAUUUCUUUGUGUGCUUGUUUGUGUGAUUUUACAGAAAUUUGCUAAAUUUAUUAGAUGAUCUGAUUCAAUAAAAUCAAUAUUUUCCAUCAA